UAUAGGUUAGCUUCCUGAACGCACGUAUUGGAGACAAGAAUCUUCCUGAACGUGCUUAGUACUCCAACAAGGAAAUUCGCAACGCUUCCUCUUCUGAAUCGCUAGAAACUUCCCGAGCGGAGGAGGAGCCGUGCCGACGGCAAGCCGGAACACAAGCUAAAUAUCUUCCGUUGCUCCGGUAUCCUUGUCCACCACAGUUCUUCCACAAAUCUCAGAUACACUUCGCCUUCCACAAGACCGCACAUGUAACGCACAACUUCUUGAAUUCACACAGAAGUUCCUUCCCCCAUACGCUCGAUCUGGUAUACAAUACAAAGAGAAACACGAGGGCCCAGACGUUUGAUCUCAUCGCAGGUGACGCAGCCGACGGCCACGCCAACCCCGCCGUCUUCGUCGACGGGACUGGCGACGCCAACCUUCACAUUGUUGUGCCGACCGGCGACCCGUUCACGCCUCUCCGCCGGCCACUUACCGAGAUCCGAAGUGAUCCCAGCUUCCUGUAACAGGUAUGCCUUUCUAAACCAUAUUGCUUCUUCUCCCCCAAACUAUGAUCCAAAAUGCUAUCUAGUAUAGAAAACUGUAUGCUGAAAUUGGUGUAGUGAACCCCAUUCUGCAAGUAGUACUUAUAUGUUAGCUAAAUUUCAUUUCAUCUAUGUAAUCAACCCAUAUUGAUUGAAGUGCCAAACUCCUCAUCUGCUUCCAUGCUUAUUUACUAUUUGAUGAAAUGUCAAUACAACACACAUUUUUUACUUUGCUAGGUUUGUUCUAUUGCCCAUUCAGUCAUAAAUCUCCACAAGAUCUUAUUCGGCUGUCAUUUAAUUGAAAAAAAAUAAUUUAAGUGGUACCAUAUCUAAUUUGAAAUUGUCUCUAAUUAUUCUAAGCUAACAGAUUUCCCAAAUCAUCAUAUUAGCUAUAGAAAUUUAUCAUUAGCUAUAGAAACUUCCCUCCGAACAGUUUCCUGAUACCCAGCAAUCUAUCACCCGAUUCCAUAAAUCUCAGAAAGAAAUAGCCACGACGCCUAAUUUGGAAUAUUCUGCACAUUAAUCUGAUUUUUUGCCAAGUAGCUUCUGAUAAGCUAUGUUGCCCGGAUACGCGGAUACGGAUACCGGUACGCGAUACGGGGAUACUCCGAUACGCCAUUUUUCCAAAAAUAAGGAUACGGGGAUACGCCAAUAUAUAUAAAAAAUAAAAAUAAAUAAAAGUUUCAGGAACUAGAAUGUGAGAAAAUAGAAGUUCUAGGGACUAUAAUGCGUCAUAAACUCAUAUAUUCAUAUGUUCUAUAAUUAUUAGAAAAAGAGAAGGGGUAAAGGAAAAAAGAACCAACUUUAUCUUACCUGUUCGUCUGUUCCACGAAUGGGGUCAUCUUCUUCCCCAACCUCCGGCACUCUCUCUCUCUUUCUCUGUGUAGCGGCCAACUCCGGCGGCCGCGGCUCCUCCUCUCCCUCUCCGGAGGCCGCGGCUCAUCCUCUCCCUCUCUAGCGGCCUCGCGGGCCGUCCAGAGGCGCGCUCCGGCGGCCGUGGCGGCCCGCCAGCGGCGAGCUCCGGCAGCGCAGCACCACCCUAAAUAGUGCUUUAACAGAUGUGCGGGCCUCUGUCUGGACAGGCCGUGCAGUCGCUGGAGCAGUAGGAGGCACGGACGGGUGGGCGGGCGGAGGUGACGGCAAGGGAGCAACGAGCGAUGGGGAAGGAGCAGGAGGAGGCACGGGCGGGUGGCCGAGCGGCGGUGACGGCAAGGGAGCGAUGAGCAGCGGGGAAGGAGCAGGAGGAGGCGUGGGCGGGUGGCCGAGCGGCGGUGACAGCAAGGGAGCCAUGCGAGGCUGCUGCGGGCCUGCGGCUGCGCGAGUGGGGAUGAGAGGGUGGCACAGCUGAACGGAGAACCUUUAUACGAAGCGAUUGAGUGGUGUUGUUAGGGUUUGAAGGUAUCGGACAUGUAUCCACAGGUAUCCCACGAGUAUCCGAUUUAUUUUUAUUAUUUGAAAAUACCUAAAUAGUCCGAUACUUACGGGAUACGUAUCCGGGAGUAUCCGUGGAGUACGGGUAUCCGAUAUGGUAUCCGAUACCGGUACGUGAGUUUUGCGAAGUAUCCGCGUAUCAUAGCUGAUAAGUACUGUAACUAUGUCUUCUAUCAGAUGGAUAUAGUGAAUCACAUGGUGGUGCAAUGGCUUGGGGGCUUUGCUACAACCAUGAAUUGAGCCCGAGUCAGAGCUUCUUUCAUGAUUGCAAUGAGUACUAUGGCAGAGGCGCUAUUCCUGUUUACAGGUCAGACUGAUAUGUCACUUUGUUGAUAAUCUUGGAUCCGCUUGUUGAUGUUCACUAAGAAUCACAACUAUGGUAUCUCAUUACCAAUACUAUCUUGACUUGAUGGGAGUUGGCCCUGAGCACUCUGGACACAACUUGGAUUGUGGUGAUCAGGUGGUUUUCAAUCCAUCAUCAGAGAGUUUCGACUUCUAAGAAACUGUUUUAAAAAUCAGUGUGUCUGGGGCCGAGGGCCCACUAACUGGGUUCCCCAAGCUAUUGUGAUUAUGUCUUUGAAAUAACAGUUGUUUGCCCUAUAACAUAUGUAAUAUGUACUAUGAUGCUUAAUAUUUUACCACCGCAUAACACUGGCUAAGCCACACCGAGGGCGCGGAAAAGCCGCGCCAGGUUUCCAGUAUCAUAUUGAAAUUUGAUCAAUGGACGAAACUACCCCUCCCUUCCUCACAACCCUCUCCCUCCGACCUCCCUUGAACUUGAGUUAAUUCCCUAAAUGCCAUUGAAAAAUAUAACUCAUCCCUUGUAUGCCACUGAAUGGCAUGUGGGGGAUUUUUUUUGUGUCUAUGACAUGUGGGGCCAAUGGCAUAUAAGGGAUGGUUAUAAUUUUCAGUGGCAUAUACCUUGAACUUCCAGUUCCAGUCCCCGCUCCCCCCUCCCUGCCUCCCUCCUUGUUCUCUCCCCAACGCUAGAUCUACAGCAGCGGCGGCUGACAGGAGGCAGGGCCCCGGACGACACAGGCUCGAACUAGGCGCAGGGGGCUACACAUUUUGACGGGGACCCGCGGCAGCGGUGGCGGGCAGGCGGCCGCUCGAGCGGCGGGCAAGGCGCGAUUGGCUGCAGCAGCGGGGGCCAACGGAGGGGAAUGACGAUGAAGCACAGGAACGACUGUCUGCAGCAUGCCUUCAAGGGAUGGAUCCAAACUCAUGCUAUUUAUUGAAAAUUAAACAUCUUGGCAACCCAGAAAAUGCUGGAAAGGAUGUCGGAUGUUUUUCCUUUGAGAAGUUUGUUGAUUGUGACAUGACAAAUUUUAAGGAUUUUGUUGAAUCAAUGGUGGGCCAGUGCCCGCCGGGUUACAAGGAGGUUCCUCAUAUUCAGUACUAUGAUGAUUGUGAUAGUAGUUUUGACAACUUGUAUCGAUUUAAGGCACAAAUUGAGAGCUGUUGUCCUGGCAGUUUAGUGGUUAUUGAUCAUCAUACAAUAAAUAGUAAGGUCAGAUUUAGAAGACUAUUCUUUGCUUUAAAGCCUUGCAUAGACGGGUUUCUCAAUGGUUGCAGACCGUAUUUAGCAGUAGAUAGCACAUUCUUGACAGGCAAGUUCAAGGGACAAUUGGCUAGUGCAACGGCUAUUGAUGGGCAUAGUUGGAUGUAUCCAGUUUGCUUUGGUGUUUUUGAUUCUGAAACUAAUGAGAAUUGGAUCUGGUUCAUGCAAAAUCUUAGAGAGGCCAUAGGCUCACCAAGAGGGUUAGCAAUUUGCACUGAUACUGGGCAAGCAGUUAUGACAGGGGUAGAAGAAGUGUUUCCAGAAGUAGAACAUAGGGAAUGCAUGAAUAACUUGGUGACCAACUUCAAGAAGACACAUCGUGGAAAGUUGAAGGUGUUUGAUGAACAUCUUUGGGCUGCUGCUUACUCAGAGAACCCAUAUUUGUUUGAGAAACAUUGGGUUGCAAUGGAGAAAGAAGAGCCCGUAGGAACCGCAUAUCUUAGGAAGUGGCACACUAGGUUGUGGACUAGGAGUCAAUUCUCCACUAUCUGCAAGGUGGACUAUGUAACCAAUAACUUGGCAGAUUGUUUCAACAAGUGGAUUGAACCUCACAAGUCAAUGAACUUGGAUGAUUUAAUGGACAAGCUUAGACAAGUACUUAUGAUCAAGUGGAACCUGAGGAGAAAGAUUGCGAGGAAGCUGCAAGGCUUGAUUUUGCCCCACAUAAUCAAAAAGAUGAAUGAAGACAGCAGAAAUUUAGAGUUGGAAGUGGCCGAGUGCUCUGAAAAAAUUGCAGAAGUUACUGAAUUGGGGGCAGCGGCUUUAGAUUUGUAGUGAACUUGCAGGAGAGGACAUGUUCGUGUAGAAAAUGGCAGGUUUCUGGAGUUCCAUGCAAACAUGCUAUAUCAUUCAUCACAUCGCUCGCUAAUGCACCUCUAGAGAACUAUGUGGACAUGUAUUACUCUAUUGAGAAGUUUAGAGCAGCUUAUAGCCAAGUAAUUCCUGCUAUGGUUGACAAGUCCCAGUGGCCUAAAUCUGAUCAUGGAUUUUUCAUGCAUCCACCACUUUUAAAAGCCACCGCUGGUGGGCCAAAAUCUGAAAGGUACAAAGGUUGUACUGAGAAGAAAGGGAAUGAAGGGAAGCACAAAUCCCCUAUUUGUAAAGAUUAUGGCCAUCACUGGCGCAAGUGCAAGAAGGGUAACCCUGAGGACAUUUCAACCCUAAUGGCUGUGAGAGGGCCAGCAAAUAAGAAGAGAAAGACCAUCAAAUCAUCUCAGACAAACAUUGUGCCUUUUGAGGGUGAUGAAUUACCAGUGUCAUCUGUCUUUCCCGCCUAGUCAAGGUUUGGAAUCUGCAACUGCGACAAAGGGAAAAAGUGCCAAAUCAGAAUCUGCAGGAUCCGAAAGGUCAAGUAGUGGCUCAAAUCAGCAUAAUCCCAUUCCUGUGUGUAGUGAGCAAACAAUUGUACCUUUGAAUGCAAAGGCCAAAAAGAAAAGGAAGCAACCAGCUAAAAAACAAGGAAAAAAAUCUUAUGCUCUCAUCUGACAGCCCAGCAAUGGGCACAAGAAGCAAAAAAGUGGGAGGCCCUGCUAGCCCUGCAAUGGGCAUAAGAAGUAAAAGAAGACUUAGUUUAUGAUUGCACAUGGCUUACUUUUGAAUCAAAUGUAAUGGAUGUGACCCUGCUGUAAUAUUGGCUUGGUUGUGUGUAUCUAUGAACAUGAUUGUAAGAUAUGCAUGUGAACCUGAUGUAAGUUUCAAUUGUUCAUGGGAACCUAUUGCACUGAUUGAACCUUGUUCAUAUCUGAACCUAUUGUAAUGAUUGAACCUAUCACUAUGUAUGAA